AUGGCCAGCGCUCUGGGAUUCAUCCUCAACGCAGCGGGUCUGUUCGUUCCCAUAGCUCUCGAGGCCGAAUAUGCGAAGCUGAAGCCAAAGGAGUCUACCAGCGUCCAAAUCAUCGUCGGCUCAGGCGACAGCACAACUGGUGGCACUGUUCCUCACGUUGCGCUCUGGGACGAUGAUGGCAGUCGUAUCGGACAGUAUUCCCCAGGCGCCAAGGAUACGAUCGGUGAAGGCGAUGUGAAAACCAUCAUAGUGGAACAUUCCCAGACCGUUCCCAAAUACAAGCAGGCUGAUCCAUAUUACGUCAUGUUGAGUAACCAGGAAAACAAUGCCAUCUGCAUUGCUGCCAUCACGGUUGCCAAUCAGAAGAUUUCAGGCACAUUCUAUGGAGACACUGGUUAUACAUGUGGACAGUCAUGGUUUCUCAGUCAAAACAGGAUUGGCUCAAACUUUGAAAAGCCAAGAUGUGUCUGGCUCGAUGCCGACCACACAAACAAGAUCAACGCCCGAGCUCUCAGCUUCCACUUAAACGACAUGGCUUCCUCACAAAGCAAAUUGGACGAGUAUGCAGAUAACAAGGACACCCUCUGCAAGAGCACCCCUCGCUUCUCUAUCUGGGGUAAUCUACUCCCUAACGGCGUCAUUCCGUUUUUCAAUCCAAAGCUUGAAUACCUCGAUGACGGUACCAGUGAAGGCGCAGACAAAGACCCCCAAAGGGUCAUUGACAAGAAUAACCAGUAUGACAAGAGUGUCUACCUCCACCUGGGCGAAAAUCACCACAACGCUCGCCAAUCCCGUCGCUCCAUCAGUGCCACCAGCGCCAACCAUAAUCCUGAGCACCUCAUCAUUACCGACCACGCGGAAGACAACGUCAGAGAGCUUUGCGAACAUCCCAACUCGUAUGGUUGGGACAUUGUGUCUACCUCCCAAGGGCUGUUCUGUGAUAUGGAGCACAAGCAACUGUAUCCCUUGUGCUCAGCCACUAUCAAGGAUAACUGCUUCGAUUUGAACAAAAAGGUCAUCAUUUCCAAGGAUGGUUUGGGAGCGAGAGACGAAUUCCCGGCCUACGUUCCUUUGAAGAAUUAUACUUCUCACCAGCAUUGGAAGAACUGA